AUGGCGAUGUCUUGCUCUCUGAUGGCGGAACCUUCGCCCUCGGCUUCUUUUACCCCAAACAACAAUUCAAGAAAGCGCUUUGUUGGCCUAACAGAGAGAAUCCUCUUAACGAUACUUGGUGGUGUUUUGUUGAUUAAUAAAAAUGGGAACAUUGUUCUCGUUCACAACGAAACGAAUGUGAAUGGACACCCCAUUUGGUCUUCCAACAUUUCGAGCACAUUCUUUGGUGACACCUUUGCUAAGCUUCAAGACACGGGAAACUUUGUUUUAACCAGAAAUGGAGGAGAACAGGAGGUUCAGUGGCAAAGCUUUGAUUAUCCCCAUGAUGCUCAUAUUUCGGUCAUGAAACUUGCGGUGGAUCGGAAAACUGGCUUCAAUUGGGUUUAUACAUCAUGGAAAUCCCCAGAUGACCCUGGGUUGGGGAACGUGAGUCUUAUAAUGGACCCAACAGGCUAUCCUCAGGCGUUCAUGUACAUAAAUGGAGCUCCAUUUUGGCGAGGCGGGUCUUGGACUGGUCAAAGAUUGAGUGGCAUACCAGAAAUGACAACCAACUUCAUCUUCAACAUCAGCUUUGUUGACAAUGGAAGUGAAGUUUCCUUCACUUACUCAGUCAUGGACCCUUCAAUCUACAUAAGAACGGUGGUGAACCAUACAGGCCAUGUGACCCGAUCUAUUUGGCAAGCUAAGGAAAACAAAUGGCUCCAAAUUUGGUUCACGCCAAGAGAGGAUUGUGACAAAUAUCGUUGGUGCGGGUCAAAUUGUAAUUGUGAUCCAUAUAAUACAUACACAUUUGAAUGUGUGUGCUUGCCCGGAUUUGAACCCACCGUUAGAGUGGAGUAUUAGAAACGGGUCGAGUGGGUGUGUGAGGAAAAAGAAUGUGUCCACGUGCCAACGUGGGGAGGGAUUUGUGAAGGUGUCACAUGUGAAGGUGCCUGAUACAUCAAAGGCACGUGUAGAUAAGAGUGAGAGUAUGGAUUUGAAAGGGUGUCGUGAGAAAUGCCCAAGGGAUUGUUCGUGUAUGGCAUACACGAGCGUAAAUGAGGUCACACAAACUGGGUGCUUGACAUGGCACACUGACAUGGAAGAUAUUAGGACUUUCAAUGGUGUGGGACAACAUCUGUACGUGCGCGUUGACGCAGAUGAACUAGAAAAAAGAAGGCACAACAUCUAUUUGUUUGAUGGGGAAAAC